CUGCAGCGAAGGGUGUCUCAACUGAAAGUGACGGACAGACAUCGACGUUUAGCUGGACAGGAUUAAAGAUGGAAACGUGAGAAUCACCAGAGUGACAGCAUUUCACACUAUGGAAGAAAAGAAGAGACGGAGAACAGCAUCUCCAGAACCCAGCUGUGAGUCUUUGAAGAGCACUGACUCCAUACAUCAACCUCCUGAAUUUAGUGAUGAAUCUGUGGCCUUUGACCCCAGGAAUCGGGUUACCACAGCAUCUCCGCAACCCAGCUGCAUGUCUAUGAAGAGCACUGACUCCAUUCAUCAACCCCCUGAAUUUAGUGGUAGACCAGUGGCUUCUGAUCCCAGUGUGGAAAGAGGUGCUCAGUCCAAAUGUGGAUUAACCAGUUUCACUGACGCUGCUGACAACUAUGUGAUUUCAUCUUUUGAUGCACUUAAGAAGAGACACAAAACAAACAUGAAGAGCAAGUAUGAGAGCUUAUUUGAGGGAAAUCAAAUACAAACGAAUAAAACCUUCCUGAAGAGCAUUUAUACACAGCUCUACAUCAUAGAUGGGGAGAGGGAAGGGGCGAAUGAAGAACAUGAAAUCUUACAGAUAGAGAAAAGUUACACGACGCUCCAAGAGACUCCACUCAACUGCAAUGAUAUAUUUCAACCACUACCAGGGUAUGAGAAUCAGAGAGAAGACAAAGUGAAAACCGUUCUUACUAAUGGUAUCGCUGGAAUUGGGAAAACGGUCUCUGUGCAGAAGUUCCUUCUGGACUGGGCCGAGGGAAAAGCCAAUCAGGAUGUAGAUCUCAUGUUUGUGCUUCCAUUUCGAGAGCUGAACUUGUUUAAAGAUCACCAAUACAGUCUUUACAAACUUCUGGUGGACUUUUAUCCUGAACUUCAAGAUCUGGACUCAAAGAUUCUUGAGGAGUGUAAAGUUGUGUUCAUCUUUGAUGGUCUGGAUGAAAGCAGAAUUACACUGAUGUUUUCAGAAAAUGAGAGUGUUUGUGAUGUGAAUGAGUCUUCGUCAUUGGGGGUGUUGAUCUCAAAUCUCAUCAGAGGACAGCUGCUUCCCAAUGCUCUCAUCUGGAUCACCUCCAGACCAGCAGCAACCAGUCGGAUCCCCUCCCAAUACAUCAACCGUCUGACAGAAAUUGAGGGAUUCAAUGAAUCUCAGAAGGAGGAAUACUUCAGAAAGAGAAUCAGUGAUGAGCAUCAAGCCAGCAGAAUCAUCUCACACAUUAAAGGAUUAAGAAGCCUCCACAUCAUGUGUCACAUACCUGUUUUCUGCUGGAUCUCAUCCACUGUCCUUCAAAACAUCCUGAAACAAAAUAACAGUGCAGAAAUCCCUAAAACUCUGACUGAGAUGUACAUCCACUUCCUGCUCACUCAGAUGAACAUGAGGAAUCAGAAGUAUGAAGAGAGAUCCAGUGAGAGAGAUCCAGAGGAGCUCCUGCAGUCCAACAAAGACAAGAUUGUGAAACUUGCUGGACUGGCUUUCAAGCAGCUGAUGAAGGGCAAUGUGAUGUUCUAUGAGGAGGACCUGAGAGAGAGUGACAUAGAUGCCACUGACAUCACAGUGUAUUCUGGGAUUUGCACUGAGAUCUUUAAGGAGGAAUUUGUGAUUCAUCAGAGGAAAAUCUACUGCUUUAUACAUCUGAGCUUUCAGGAGUUUCUCGCUGCGUUUUAUGUUUUCUACAGCUUUAUAAAUGACACUUCAGAUGCUCUGAAAGUGUUUGAUUUGCUCCCAAAUUUCCAUAAAGGAGCGAUAGAUGUGGCUCUUCGGAGUGAGAAUGGACACUUGGAUCUUUUCUUGCGGUUCCUGCUGGGCAUCUCGCUGGAGUCCAAUCAGAGACUCCUACAGGGUCUGCUGACACACACUGAGAAGAGCUCUGAGAGCAUCAGGACAACCGCAGCUUACAUUAAAGACAAAAUCAAACAGGAACAGGGUCUCUCGGCUGACAGAUCCAUCAAUCUUUUCCUCUGUUUGCUGGAGAUGAAUGAUCAGACUCUGGUUAGAGAGAUUCUGGAGUUUAUGACAUCAGACAAAGACUCAGGGAAUAAACUCUCUCCGUCUCACUGCUCAGCGAUCGCCUACAUGCUCCAGAUGUCAGACGAAGUUCUAGAGGAGCUGGACCUCAAGAAAUACAUCACAUCAGAUGAGGGCAGAAGGAGACUGGUACCGGCUGUGAUGAACUGCAGAAAAGCAAAUCUUGCCUGCUGUAAUCUCACAGAUCAGUGCUGUGAAAUCGUGGUGUCAGCUCUACAAUCAUUAAACUCGCCCCUCAGAGAGCUGGACCUGAGUAACAAUGACCUACAGGAUGCUGGUGUGAAGCUCAUUUGUGCUGGCCUGAAGAGUCCAAACUGUCGGCUGGAGAUACUGAGGUUGUCUGGUUGUAUGGUGACAGAGGAAGGCUGUUGUUAUCUGGUUUCUGCUCUCAAUUCAGACACUUCACACCUGAGAGAGCUGGAUCUGAGCUACAAUCACCCAGAAGCAGGAGUCCAGAUGUUUUCUGCUUUGUUAAAAAAUCCAGAUCGCAAACUGGAGAAACUCAAUUCAGACCAUUUUGGAGAUUUCAGGAUCAAACCAGGACUACAAAAAUAUGCCUGUAAACUUACGCUGGAUCCAAACACUGCAUACUCUCAUCUCGCUCUGUCUGAGGGGAACAGAAAGGCAACACAUGUGAAAGAAGAGCAGCCAUAUCAUGAUCAUCCAGACAGAUUUGAGCACCAGGAACAGGUUCUGUGUAAAGAAACUCUGUCUGAACGCUGUUACUGGGAGGUUGAAUGGAGUGGGGGGGCUUAUGCUGCAGUGACAUAUAAAGAAAAUAAAGGAAAAAAAAGAGGGAAUGACUGCAGAUUUGGGUGGAAUGAUAAGUCCUGGAGUCUUUUCUGUACCCCUGAUGGAUAUAGUGCCUGGCACGAUAACAAGAAAACAGAUGCCAAUUUCCAGUCAAAACCCUCAAACAGAGUAGCAGUGUAUCUGGACAGGCUGGCCGGCACUGUGUCCUUUUACGACGUGUCUGAAACACAUACUCUUGCACACAUAUAUACCUUUAAAACCAAGUUCACUGAACCACUCUACGCUGGGUUUGCAGUUUAUGGUUCAGUGUUUAUAUCAGGGUGAAUAGCCUCCUAUCAUUACCUAAAGUAACUAACUAAUUUAGUAAUGGCAAAACUGUAGCAACAACUUAUUUUCUUGUAUUUUCAGAUUAUGAGAGAAGUUAAUCUGUUGUCAGUGGGCAAAAAAAUUCUUUAUGCUUUAAAAUUGUUUACAGACAAAGUUUAUUUGUAUUUUUUAUUUAUUGUAUGUAUGUAUGUAUAUGUGUGUGUAUUUGUAUAUAUAUGAUAUUUAAUGAGCCAGAGUUAGGUUUUCCCCAAAUAUCAGCAUGAUAUAUAAAUGAGGGCAUCAUAUGAAAUAUGGUGAAAUACAUCCCACCUUUUAAAUAAACGAGCAUGUAAUGAAUUGAAGUCACUGGCUGCAUCUGAAAUUGCAUACUUUCUUGAGUAGGUACUCAUGACAGCAAAAAGAGUACAUUCUAUAUAGUAGGAAUGUGUGUAGUAUCAAUGUGAUCUGGACAUUCUACAUUUGCCAUGUCAUCAUCUUUUCCCGUGGCCUUAUGGGAUAGUAAAGCGUCCAUUGUAUGCACAGAUGCAGCCUCUGACUAGAAACUCAUGUUGGCAUAUAAACAGUCAGUGUCCUGAAAUGCCGGUUUAGGACUACACUUGCACAUUGGCUGGACCAUCCUGAAAUAUAAGCUUUUUUAUUUUUAUUUUUUUAUUAUAUUUGAACACAAGAAACAAUUUAUGGGAUAGUUAUUUUCAGAUUUUGUUGCUGAAGUAUGUUAUCUAAAUUUGACAUUAUUUAAAAACAUUAAAAAUAUUUUAUUAGGCUUACUGUCCUUAUUCACUGUAUUUUUUAGGUUUACUAGUAUCUUUUUAUAAUUUUUUGGCUUCAAUUUGUGCACAGUAAAAGCUCAAAUUUGUUUCCAUUCAAGGUCUUCAGGGAUUUAAUACUGUUUGAAUCAUCAGCACCUUCUUAGCUUGAUGUAAGCAUUACAUAUGUUCAAUAAACUGCUUGCUGCAUCUGCCUUUGGGCUGAAAUAGUGUUUUUAAGGAACC